AUGGACGAGUGUUUGUUUGCGCAGCAGUUGAAUUACCUUCGCUAUAUACCCGAGGCUACCAGUUACCUAGAAAUUUUAAACUACUCUGACGUAGAGCAGAACACGUACAAGGCCCCCGACGCCUCCAACGACUUCGAUCAGUACCUUGAUAGAAGAGGAGUUUUCAGACCGCCAGAACUGCCUGAGGGCGUAUUGCUUACAAGUGGUCUCCGUUUGGUACUGCAUAAGCUAGCAACAGACUCGAAUACCCUUGCACCGAAUGCAAUAUCGCUCUCUCGGGAGGACUUUGAGAAGAUGGUCCGAAAGCUGAGGUUGCCACUUCGAUAUAUCGAAACAUCUACAGUCGUUGGUCCGUUCUUCUGGUGGACCUACGAUGACGACGAUGUGGAUGAUACAGUUCUCCAAAUUGUUUUUCGAAAGUCCGAUGUGUCACAAAAUGGCAAUACGAGGGGGUGGGAGAUGGUGCUCUCCUACUCCUUCCGUUCCAAAAUCACCUCGGGAUACGUCAAGGGGGCUGAAAAUGCUGAGAUUGAGGAUAUCAUUAACCAGUUAUGGGCUUCCAGAGCACAGAUAUCGCAUCCACUCCUACUGCCUCUUAUGUUCAUCAGCCGCGAGCUGGCAUCCAAAAACGACAUGACACAAAGGACAGCCCGGGAGCAGCUUCGUAGGCUCGAAAAUGUCCUGGUCGGCCGUUACAAGAUGAAUCCAGCCCAGGGGCAUGAGAUUCCCGAUUAUAUAACGAUGGCCCAUAUCAAGAAGACGUUGUUCAAGUGUCUGGGCGAAGUCCUGUGGAAGCGGCCACAAGCAUGGCAGAACGUCGUUCAGAGGAUGCGGAAGGCUAGUGAGUGCUUUUGGGACAAUCUUCCCGAUGCUGCUGAGCCUGCCGAGAUGAAGAAGCUCCAGCGAAUGGUUCGGAGUCGAUUCGACUUCCUCGAGGCCAAGCUAGAGGGCCUCGAGCACUACGCUCAUGUGUCAUGGGCGCGGCUUGAGAUACAGCGUGGCGAGAUGCACAACAUCAUCGCUCAAGUUGAGUCGCGCAUCAACGCCGACAUUGCUCGACAGUCUCACUUGUUGGCCAAUGCUAGUAAGCGCGAGAGCACAUCCAUGAAGACGCUAGCCAUACUAGGAUCUGUUUUCUUGCCUCCCACAUUCCUGUCGUCCAUGUUUAGCAUGCCGUUCUUCAAAUUCGAUGAUGAUAUGAGUGGCUCGGUGUCCCGGAGUUUGUGGAUUUAUUUCGUCGUUGCAGUCCCGCUGACCUUCAUUAUUGUCGGACUUUGGUGGAUCAAGGACAGACGUACCCAGCCUGAGAUCAAGGAGGACCGUGAUGCAGAAGAGCAACGAUUGGACGACAUCGAGGCUCGUGUAAUUGACAGGCUGAGGAGAACUACCAAUACCAGAGUUGGCACAGGCUUAACUGGUCAUAGGGCUACUUAG